CCCCGCCUUUGCAGAUACCGUCUCUCAACACGCGGCAGGAGGUUCCUUACGUCAAUACUCUGAUGUGGGGCCCGGCCCACUUCUGUUUCCAUGGCAAGCGCCGGAUGCUAAACAGAUCGGCCCCUUCGCGAUGGUCCCCAGCUACCGCCAGCUCGCGUGGGAGCUCACAGGUGUACAGAAGCGAAAUUCAUUUGGGUCAUGUCAGGACAAGAAAAUUUUCCCCUUUUUUCAUGCACCAGACCGAUUAGGUAAUGAGUAUACACCAAUUACAGGUGAUCCUGAUCGUGGCCCAGGAGCUUAUAACCAUGCAGAGAGGAACUGCCUUAUAUAUCACUUGGCUCACAGACCAGAGAGUACUAAAGGUUACACCAUGGGAGCAAGAACAACACCACGUUUUGUACUAAUAAACAAGCACGUAACUCCUGCGCCUACAACGUAUCAGUCAAUAUGGAUCAAAGAGCAGAAGCACAAGCCUUCACACUUCCCGUUCCACAGCAAUAUACCCCGGUUUUCAGAGCAGGUUCAGGACAGAGAGCUCUUUCCUGGACCUGGAACUUACAACCCAUACAAGAUGCCACACAGGCAUGUCACCUGGCCAGGGAAGUUUGGUCCCCCAGACUGGUCUUUAGUACCAAUGCCACAGAAAAGAACUUUCAGAGCUGAGUUGCUUACAGAUAAAGAAUUCAAGAAACAUCGGAACCUGGUGGCCUAUCUGAGCAUAUACUAUAGUGAUUAAUUUUUCUGGCUGAAGUUAUUUCCUCUCCUGUAUGCUUAGACCACUUAUUUACUUUUUUAUCCUUAGAAGUAGAGCAUCUUUAAUUCAUUUGUUACUUGGAUUCAGUAACCAGACUAUUCAUAAAUGGUGACUGAGUUAGCCCUUUAGAUGUUUCUAUUUUACUAAUGCUCUCCACUGAUUCAAUAUAAAAUAUUAGCUAUCUGGAAGUUGCUUCAGAUGAGGGGGUUUGGACUAGGCCAACAACCACAUCUGUUAGAUGUUUAUGGUUUUGAAUAAUUCGGCUAGAGAAAUGCUUAAGAGAAAUUGAGAUUUUCAAAGUGUCAUUUCUGUUGGUAUGCCAGUUUGAGAGUUAAGAUCACAAUGCUCACAAAAGGCAUGCCAAAUUGGAGAAAUUAUUACUGGAGCAAGCACGUACUGGUGAAAACCUGGAAUUGAAAAUAUUUUGCCCUGCUGUUCCACUGCACUGGCCAGUAUUACUUGCAACACAAAGGGUAUUAGAAGUACGUGCCAUAUGAUCUGAUAUGGUCAUGUAUCAUAUGAUACUACUUGCACUGCAUAUCCUGCACAUGGGAGUGGAAAUUUCAUGGAAUAUAUGUGCAGUGACAUUUUUAGAGGUUUAUUUUAGCUAUCUGCUGCAGAAAAGAUCGAAGCUUGAUUCACACUGAACAAGAAACAGAUUUCCCACUCAUAUUCCAUACUUUCUCAUCUUUUAUGUAUUGGUAUGCAUUUCAGUAACAUUCAAAUUUGGAUUUAAAACAAGCCAAGGUUUUUGGCCAUUCUUAAUAACAAUGAUUUAGUAAGUUAAAUCACAGCAUCAUAAAUUCUGGCCUUAAACUUGAUAGUUUAAGCUUCCUAAACUUGAUAGUAGAAGCUUUCCGUUUUUUUUCUGUCACAAAAUGGGAAGUGAGGAAAGACUUCCAUGGCAUAUUCUUGUAGGAGAAAACCAUGCUUUUCAUCUUUGCUAUGUCUGAACUGAGCUAUAGCUAUUAUAUUUAGGAACUAGAUUUGUACCUUUUAUAUACAUUAUACUCCUAGCAGAUGAAGAGUUAUGGGCUGUACAAUCUUUUUCCUUCUGUGCUCUGCAUUAUGGGAGAAAACACAUGGGUAAUAGAAAACAUGUUACAAUUUCUAUUCAGUUUUGUUAGUCUACUAAACCAGUCUAGUAGGCAAUUUCUGCUCUUGAUGUCUUCUAUGCAGCAUGAUGCUUAAAUACUUUUCUGCUCACCACUCUUUAAAAUGUUUUAAAGUUCCCUUUAUAUACUCUUGAUUUCUCCAAAAAACUGGAUUUCACUUAGAAGUUUCAUAGAGAGUCUUAUGAUUCCAAUGGAAUCCUUUGUAUAUCCUGUAAACUAGUGGAUUUAAACUAGAAGGUACAUAGAAGCACUUAUAACAAAAUGGAAUGAAUUUAUAGGUUGGCAAGCAGAACCUUCAGUUUCAAUCUUGCAGUAGUGUUCCCCAUCCUACUGUCUUUUAGAUGUUGAUUAUGUAACUCCCAUAACUCCUGCCCAUUCACCAAACUGUCUGGCAUGAGGAGAGUUUUGGCCCAAACUAUGAAAAAAACACUGGGGAAAACAUAUUUACAGCAUAAAUCCUGCAUGUCUCCAUCCAGUCACCCACUUAUUAAAGUAACUGGUAACUUACUGUUAAAAACUAAACAUCUGUCUUUAUAUUACUGCAGUGAAAUAAACUUAGAAACUGAUU